AUUAGAACUAAGCAUUUAGUAGAACAAAUGUGGUUAUAGCAUAGUGUUUUAUAGAAGAAUGAACGUGUAAUACUAUUUUUUUUUUUCAUUAGAAAAUGGCUUCAAAUAGUCCUAACCCUGCUCCAGGUCACACUAUUCCUCUUACACAUCCAAUGAUGAUGCCUCCACCACCACCAUAUGCAAUGACACCACCAACAAUGCCUCCUGGAUUUGGAUCUCCAGGUAGGCCUCCUCCAGGACCUGAUACAACUAGACCACCUCCAAUGAUGUUACCACCUGCUCCCUGUAUGCCACCAGCAAUGGGAAUGCCUCCUCAUUUUGGUCCAGGUCCAGUUCCACCAGCAUUCCCAAUGCCUCCAUUUGGAGGAAUUCCUCCUCAUUGUGGAACAAUGGUUCAACCAGGUAUGUCUCCUGCUGUCAUAUCAGCACCACCAACUACAGCAACUCCACCUGGAACAACACCUAUUCCAACUAGUGCAGGAAUGGCAAAUAAUUCUCAACCUCUUGCUCCUCCUGGAGAAUCACCUAUUGAAACAACUCUUCCUACUCAAACACUGACAUCUACAGCAUCAUCAUCUGUUCAGUCAAAAAGUAAAUGGACAGAACACAAAGCUCCAGAUGGACGAAUAUAUUACUAUAAUCAUGCAACAAAACAAUCAAGUUGGGACAAGCCAGAUGAAUUAAAAACACAUGCAGAGCUCUUGUUAUCACAAUGUCCGUGGAAAGAAUAUAAAUCAGAUACAGGGCGUGUAUAUUAUCAUAAUAUACAAACAAAGGAAUCUCGUUGGACUAUUCCUAAAGAAUUGGAAGAAUUGAAAGCAAAAGAAUCAAUAAAAAGUCCUGUUAGUUCUAGUAGUGCAACAGCCGCCCAAGUUUCAGCUGCAGCAACAACUGCAUCAUCUGAAAAUGCAACAGAAACAACAACUGUAACUAAUUUAGCUAAUAUACAGUUACCAUCUCAGGCAGCACCAGUCACUGCUCCUCCUGGUACUGAAAAUGCAGCAUCAACAACUGCUUCUACAGAACAAACAGAAGAAAAAUCAGAAAGUGAGGAAGAUACCACAGAUAAUUCAAAAACAAUUGUUUACAAAGAUAAAAAGGAGGCAAUUGAAGCUUUCAAAGAUUUGUUGCGUGAGAAGAAAUUAAAAGCAAAAGAAUCAAUAAAAAGUCCUGUUAGUUCUAGUAGUGCAACAGCCGCCCAAGUUUCAGCUGCAGCAACAACUGCAUCAUCUGAAAAUGCAACAGAAACAACAACUGUAACUAAUUUAGCUAAUAUACAGUUACCAUCUCAGGCAGCACCAGUCACUGCUCCUCCUGGUACUGAAAAUGCAGCAUCAACAACUGCUUCUACAGAACAAACAGAAGAAAAAUCAGAAAGUGAGGAAGAUACCACAGAUAAUUCAAAAACAAUUGUUUACAAAGAUAAAAAGGAGGCAAUUGAAGCUUUCAAAGAUUUGUUGCGUGAGAAGGAAGUGCCAAGUAAUGUGAGUUGGGAACAAGCAUUAAAAAUGAUAGUAAGUGAUCCUCGUUAUGGAACUCUUAAAAAGCUCAAUGAAAAGAAGCAAGCUUUUAAUGCAUAUAAAACCCAGAAAGCAAAAGAAGAAAAGGAAGAACAACGAUUAAGAGCCAAGAAAGCUAAAGAAGAUCUUGAACAUUUUCUACAUGUAAAUGAAAAAAUGACUUCUACAACUCGAUAUAGAAAAGCAGAUCAAAUGUUUGCUAAUUUGGAAAUUUGGAGAAUAGUUCCCGAAAGAGAAAGAAAAGAAUUAUAUGAAGAUGUAAUAUUUUAUUUGGCCAAAAAAGAAAAGGAAGAAGCUAAAGCUUUGAGGAAGAGAAAUAUGCGCGUUUUGAGUGAUGUAUUAGAUUCAAUGACGUCAAUCACAUAUCAAACAACAUGGCAAGAAGCUCAACAGUUGUUAUUAGAUAAUCCAACUUUUGCUGAGGAUACAGAUCUUUUAAAUAUGGAUAAAGAAGAUGCACUGAUUGUAUUUGAAGAACAUAUUCGUCAAUUAGAACAAGAGGAAGAAGAAGAAAAAGAAAGAGAAAGGAGGAGAGUAAGAAGACAGCAAAGGAAAAAUAGAGAAGCAUUUAUUCACUUAUUAAAUCAACUUCAUGAAGUUGGAAAGUUGACAUCAAUGUCUCUUUGGGUAGAAUUAUAUCCUACAAUUAGUGCUGAUCUUCGUUUCUCUAAUAUGUUAGGACAACCAGGUUCAACUCCCUUGGAUCUAUUUAAAUUUUUUGUAGAAGAUCUUAAGGCUCGUUUCCAUGAUGAAAAGAGAAUAAUCAAAGAAAUAUUAAAAGAAAGAAAUUUUAGUGUUGAUAUAAAAACAACUUUUGAAGAGUUUGCCACUGUUGUAAGUGAAGAUAAGAGAUCAGGUACACUUGAUGGUGGAAAUGUAAAAUUAACAUUUAACAGUUUACUUGAAAAAGCUGAAGCUAGAGAAAAAGAAAGAUUAAAAGAAGAAGCAAGAAAGACGGCCGGGUGGCUGAGGUGGUUAAGUUGUCAACCAACUGUUCUAGAUGACCCAGGAUCAAAUCUAGACAGUCAAAAAAUCCCAGGAAUUUUUCACGGGUGGUCUCUCCUGGAUAUAUCAAGCUCUACCCCUCAUCAUCCGGUCGUUCCCCAUUGUGGUCUUGACCAAAUCCAUGAUGGGUAUAGAAAACAAAAAGGCCCUCUUAGUGCCCACAGGGCAGAAAGAGACAAAAAUGAAAAAGUUCGUAAACAGUUAGAAAAGGAAUCCGCAUUUGGAAAUAUUCUUUUAGAAUCAGAAAGAAUACGUCUUUUUAAAGAAUAUCAGCAGACAUUAGAGGAAGCAUGUAGUCACCAUCAUAGCAAAUCUAAGAAACAUUCCAAGAAAAAUAAAAAACAAAAGAAACGCUCAAGAUCACAUUCACGCUCAGGCUCUGAAUCUGAAGAAGAAAAUUCACGUCAUCGCUCAAAGAAAAAGAAGAGAACUAAAUCUAGAUCUAGAUCUCGUUCUCCUUCUGUGUACUCAGAUGGAAAAUCAGAAGAAGAUGAAAAAUAUUCCAGAAGACACAGAAAGAAAACUAAAAAGAAAGAUAAGCGCCAUCCAUCUCAUUCUCCUUCAUCUGCUUCUGAAGAAUCUGAUCACAAAAGUCACAAGAAAAGAAAAGUUAAAAGUGUAAGUCGGAGUCCAACAAGGGAAGAAGGUGAAGUGGAUCAUCACGAUCCUAAGUUAUGGAAUUCUUCUGAAAGCGAUGUGAGUGAAGAAGAAUUGGAAAGACGCAGAAAUGUACUGUUGAAGCAGUUGGCUACUCAUCAAUAAUUCAACAUAGUCAUCAAAUUAUUCUUUUUUCAUUGUCAUCACAUUGUGAUUGUAAAAACUCAGAUAAAAUAAACUCUGAAAAAUUGA